AUGUCCGCCUCUACAAAGUCAAUGACCCCUCGAAAGCAGUCGAAGCUAAACUUCGGCUCUGCAGCGAACGGCAAGGGUGGGAAGACGCCCAUUGGGAAGAAGAAGCCACCGGCAAAUGGAAACAUACUUAAUUUCUUCCAAAAAGUCGAAGUAGAGGAACAGCUUUUCUGCGCCGGUCCUACGAAUACAUCCGCUUCUACCCCCAACGUUGCGCCGCCGACACCGAAGGUCGACGAGGAUCUAUUUGGAGAUGAAGGCAUAUCUCAGGACGCUGAAAAGGAGGCGAGAUCUCCUAAAAGAAGAAAACUGAGCCAUGAUGGAAACGAGAGUCUACCGCAAAACUCGGAGAGUACACGGAGCGAAGAAUCAGAUCAAACGAAGUCAACGGUGUUAGAACAGACGGUUACAAAGCGAUCUCGAAGGAAGGUUCCAUUUUUAAUCGAUUCCGAUAGCGAAGAAGAUGAUAUAGAGUCCUCUCCAUUACGAGAUACUACAGAUAUUAAGGCAAUUGUUGCCUCGCCCGAAAUAAAAAACGAAAAAGCCGAAUUAGACACGGCCCCGGUACCGAAUCUACCGGUGGACGAGAGUUGUCCGGAAGCCCCCGACAUUCCACCCCUUAAUCAAGGAGAGUCUGUAUAUGACGAAUUUAAAGACCUUGAGGAUGUAGAAGGGUUAUUUGAUGACGUUGAGGAGGAGUAUGCUGACGGCGAAGAAUUCCGGGAAAGGCGUUAUAUGGAAGAACAGGCGCGACUCGAAGCUGAGGAGGCAGGAAACUAUACUUCCGAUGGUGUUGUAGGCGAAUUUCAGGAGCCAGAAGGCAUCGUAGAAUGCUGUCCGUUGUGUAAUGCGAAUCUAGCUGGUAUUACUCCUGAUCAAGCAACAGUUCACGUAAAUGCUUGUCUAGAUGGUAACCCGAUACCUCUUCCGAAACCGAAACUAGAAGAUCAGACGCCUUCGGAAACGGUAGAUGGACCUCAGAUUAGCAAGCGGUUUGCCAAAGCUGCCGUACCGCGACCCGGUCAAGCCAACCCGAUCAGUGUCGGAAGCGCGGCAAAUAAACCUACGUCGGCCUUCAGCAAGCUGAUGUCGGGACACGCCGAAGAUGCGGCAUGGGCUUCGGCCGCAGCUGCGGAGCACGCCUCCCGAGGCAAACCUGCAUACAAGCGAACAUGUCCUUUCUAUAAGAUCAUGCCUGGAUUUUCUAUCUGUGUUGAUGCCUUUCGAUAUGGCGCUGUGAAAGGCUGCAAUGCCUACUUUCUUAGUCACUUUCAUAGCGAUCACUACAUUGGCCUGACAGCUAAUUGGUCUCAUGGACCUAUAUACUGCAGUAAGGUCACGGGCAGUCUUGUGAAGAACCAGCUUCGGACAGCGGCGAAGUGGGUAGUAGAGCUAGAGUUCGACGAGACAAUUGAGGUUCCGGGAACAGAAGGGGUAACAGUCACCAUGAUACCAGCCAACCAUUGUCCGGGUAGUUCGUUGUUUCUCUUCGAAAAGAUAAUCGGGAAAGGACCUAAUCCGAGAAAGCAACGGAUUCUACACUGCGGCGACUUUCGGUCUUGUCCAGCACAUGUCCGCCAUUCACUACUGAGGCCUAAUAUUGUCGAUGCCGUCUCUGGCAAAGUCAAACAACAAAAGAUUGAUGUUUGCUACCUAGAUACAACAUAUCUCAACCCUCGCUACUCCUUCCCCCCACAAGACGAUGUUAUUUCGACCUGUGCCGAAUUCUGCAGGUUGAUAUCUGACGAGAACAGUGAUACGGCUGAAAUUUUAGAUACGUUAAAGCCAGGGAAAGGCAAAGUAAGCAAAUUUUUCAAGAAGGAAGAAAAGAGUUCGUCGUCCGCCACCAAAACAGAAAGCAACUCUCAAAAGAACCGUCUCCUCGUCAUAUGCGGCACCUACUCCAUCGGCAAAGAGCGCAUAUGCAAGGCCAUCGCACAGACGCUAGGAACCAAGAUCUUCGCAUCGCCAGCCAAGAUCAAAAUCUGCUCGCAGCUCGGCGACCCGGAGCUCGCGGCGCUCAUGACGAGCAACCCGCUCGAGGCGCAGGUGCACAUGCAGAUGCUGACGGAGAUCCGCGCCGAGACGCUGCAGGAGUACCUCGACGGGUACAAGCCGCACUUCUCGCGCAUCGUCGGGUUUCGUCCCAGCGGCUGGAACUACCGGCCCGCGGGCGCUACGAAAAACACAACCACCGCCACCGCUUCCCCCACCAGCGUGCCUACCACCACGCUCCUCCACGGCCCGGCCUGGCGUCCGCGCUUCAAGCUGGCGGAUCUCGCGGCCCAGCGCGGGAGCACCCGCGAGGCUAUGUGCUUCGGCGUGCCGUACUCGGAACACAGCAGUUUCCGCGAGCUGGCGCUGUUUCUGAUGGCGCUGCGCGUGGACAAGGUCGUGCCGACUGUGAAUGUGGGGAGCGAGAUGGGGCGGAGGCGGAUGAAGGGGUGGAUUGAUAGGUGGCUUGGGGAGAGGAGGAGGGGAGGGGUUGUUAGGGUUUUGGAGGAGGAGGAGGAGGAUGAGGGUGAGGGCGGGAAGGAGGGGGUUGAGCUUUGGGAUGGAAGAGAUGGGAAGGGCGGUGGUGUUUGGUGGUAG